AUGCUCAUCACAGAGACGCACAAGGAUGUGCCCACCCAGGCAGGUGGUGACAUGAGGGUCUUCGUCUUCCACCCUACCAUUGCAAACUACCCCAAGGCAAAGUUCCCCGGUGUCGUCGUCUUCUCUGAGAUCUACCAAGUAACCGGCCCCGUGGCGCGCUUCGCCCGCCAAAUCGCAUCGCAGGGCUACAUCGUCGCCGCCCCGUCGUCCUACCACGAGUUCACCGGCCCGGAGCCGCUUGCCUACGAUGGACCGGGCACCGACGCGGGAAACGAGUGGAAAAUCACCAAGACGGUCGCUGCGUACGAUGAAGAUGCCAAGCUGGCCGUCGAUAUCCUGCUUGACCUGGAGACUUGCAAUGGUCGCAUCGGCGCUACAGGUAUGUGUCUCGGGGGCCACCUUGCGUACCGCUGCGCGCUGGACGCUCGCGUCAGCGCCGCCGUGUGCUAUUUCGCAACGGACGUGCACAGCGCGACGCUGGGCGCGGGGAAGAGCGACGACUCGCUGCAGCGCGCGCGGGACAUCAAGGGCGAGCUGGUUAUGAUUUUCGGAAAGAUGGACAACCACGUCCCGCCCGAGGGACGCGAUUUGAUACGCCGCACGCUGCACGAGGCGGGGGUUGUGUUUAGCUUCUACGAGCCCGCGUGGGCACAGCAUGCGUUUAUCCGUGAUGAACUCAGUAAGGGCCGCUACGACGCUGCUUUGUCGGGGGUUUGCUUUGAAAUGCUGAAGGAGCUGUUCAACCGCACGCUGCGCUCUGAUCUGGGGCCCAGGAGCGGCGGGGAAGUCGAGAUCGAGGAUAUCUGCUAG